AUGUUUAAAGGUCUUGUUUCAAAUAAAAUGCCAGAAAAAGUGCUCGAUUUAUUUCUUCAAAUGAAUAUUCAACCUGAUCAUAUUAUUCAAACUAUUCUAUUUACUGCUUGUGCGCAAGUCGCUAAUGCUCGUACCAAAGAUAUUGGAAGAAAACUUCUUCAACAAAUGCCUCAACAUUUUCAUAAAAACAAUAUUUUACUCACUUCAGCAUUAAAUAUGUUAAUGAAAUUUGGUGAUAUUGAAAAUGCUGAAAAACUCUUUCAAACAAUGAAAAACAAAGAUGUUAUUACGUAUGAUGCCAUGAUGAAAGGUGAAUUUGUGAUGAACAUUUAUCAAAUAUUUAAUAAAUUAUAUUUAGGAUAUGUGGACAAUAAAAUGUGUGAAAAAGCAUUAGAUUUAUUUGAACAAAUACCUUUUCCACUUCAUAAUGUUGGUUAUAUUAUAAUAUUCAAUGCUUGUGCACAACUUUUGAAUGAUCGUGCUAACCCUAGUGAAAGGAAAGAUAUUGGAAGAAAACUUCUUCAACAAAUACCUCAACAUUUUCAUAAUGAUAAUGUUAUACUCACUUCAGCCUUAGAUAUGUUAAUGAAAUUUGGUGAUGUUGAAAAUGCAGAAAAUCUCUUCAAAAUGAUCGAAAAUAAAGAUAUCAUUACAUAUGGUGCCAUGAUGAAAGGAUAUGUGGAAAAUAAAAUGUGUGAUAAAGCAUUAGAUUUAUUUGAGAAAAUGUCAUUGUAUCCCAAUAAUGUAAUUUAUAUAAUUGUUUUCAAUGCUUGUGCACAACUUUUGAAUGAUCGUGCCAAAAAAAUCGGAAGAAAGCUUCUUGAUCAAAUGCCUCAACACUUUUACGAUGACCAUGUUUUACUCACUUCGACAAUAGAUAUGCUAAUGAAAUUUGGUGAUAUUGAAAGUGGCGAGAAGCUAUUUCGAACGAUCAGGAACAAAAAUCUUGUGACAUAUACAGUCAUUAUGAAUGGAUAUAAUAUAAAUAAUAAACCAUUAAAAUGCUUACAACUAUUAGAAGAAAUCAAACAACAAAAUUUUAUACUGGAUGAAUUUGUAUUAAGUAUAUUGAUAAAUGCAUGUGCAAGACAUAGUAUGCUUUCAAAAUGUCAAUCAAUUGUUGAUCAAAUUCCUUCACAUUUAUGGAAAAAUCAACGUAUACUUAAUUCAUUAAUAUAUAUGUGGGGAAAAGCUGGUUCUAUUGAGAAUGCUCAGAAGAUUUUUCUAUCUAUCAAUAAUCCUGAUGUUAUUACAUAUAAUUCAAUGAUUUAUGUUUAUGGACUUAAUCGAAUGGGUUUAGAAGCUAUUGAUUUAUAUCGAAAAAUGCCUGAUUAUUUACAUAAUGAAGUAACACAUGUAUGUGUAUUAAAUGCAUGUUCUCAUUCGGGUCUUCUUGAUGAAGCUCGCUCUAUCUUCAAUGAAAUUUCUCAGAAAAGUGCACAAAUUAUUGCUACGAUGAUUGAUUGUUUAAGUCGUCUUUUUAUAUUUGAUCAAGCACAAAAUCUCAUUGAUGAUUAUGAAAAAUCUAAUUCACCUUCUCCAGUUAUGUAUAUGGCAAUAUUAUCUGGAGCACGUAAUUCUCGUCAACAUAUUUUAUCACAAAAAAUCUAUGAUAGAAUGGAAAUAUUAUUUCCUAAUGAGAAAGAGACACUCAAGUCUGGUUCAAUUCUUCUUGGUAAUACAUAUUUAUCUAUAGAUGAUAGUGAACAAGCAGAAAAUGUUCGAUCAAAUCGAAUCAAAGAACUAGGAACUAAAAUUAAACCUGGAGUAUCAUGGACAGAAUUCAAUGGCGAAAUAUUCGAGUUCACUGCUAAUGAUCGUAGUCAUCCUCGAUCUGAAGAAAUCCAUGCUAAAGCAAAAUAUAUAUCCGAUGUGUUGAUGAAACAUGGUCAUAAAUAUGAUGCCAGUUGGAUAACUCGUCCCUUACGUGAAGAUGAAACAAUAGCAUCAGUAUUAUGUAGUCAUAGCGAACGACUUGCAAUCGCUUAUCAUUUCUUACAGCAAGAAAAUCCAUCAUUUAUUCAGAUCACAAAGAAUCUUCGUGUUUGUGGCGAUUGUCAUCGAACGACUAAACUAAUUGCAAAAAUUUGGCAAUGUAAAAUAAUAGUACGUGAUGCAAAUUGUAUACAUCACUGCUCUCCUGAUGGAACAUGUUCAUGUCAAGAUCAUUUUUAG